GGUUGUUGUAUGUACAUGUCUAUAUCUAUAAAUAUCUGCCUUAGGCCAUUAAGAACUCUCCCCCCUCCCCUUCUCACCUUCUCUCUACUUGCAAUUUCUAUGGUUGUGAGUGAUAAUUUUCUGCUGUGCAAAGCAGCACUUGUGUUUGCUGUCACAAGAUGUCUCUUGUCCUUUGCCCAUACUCUCUUGAAUUCAAUAAGCCUGUUCUCUUUUUCGUCAGAGGCGUUAACACGAACUUUAUUUAAAUCCUCCUCUUCUUCUUCGGCCAACCUGAAGAUGGUUCAGGACAGUCUCACCCUGACCACCUUCGGUGACAUGACCCGUAGGUUGCCCGAAAGUCAUGACACGUCGUGUGCUGUGUGCUUGAACCGGUUGAGGAAGAAAAACGAGGUGUGGGAGCUUAGAAAUUGUUGCCAUGUCUUCCACAAGCAAUGUCUUGAGAGAUGGCUUGUUUAUGAUAGUCGGUUGACAUGUCCGCUCUGUAGGGUGUCGUUGCUAGCCGUUAGCCCACUUCCGCCUUCUACCCUGCAACUGUCAUCACCGAGCUGGGCCGUCGAGCGAAUGCUUUAUUUGUUUGGCGAUGAUCUGCUUCCUUGUGAUUGAGCCUACAAUUUUGUUAAGGCCCUCCAAUUUGGAUCUUGAGAUUAGCUUGUACAUAAGCGGUCUGAGUUGGAUCUAUCAUUUGUUUAGUGUAGAAAAAGUUUUAGGAUUCUUAAUUACCAAGAAAAAUAAAUGGUUCCCAAAUCUUGUCUCAUUAAUCAUGAUUAGAUACUUGUGAUUGAAAAUUAUAACUCUUGUUUAUACUUUCGUGCCACAAGAAAUAAUAAGAUAGUUAUUUCAAAAUCGUAAAAUAAUUCGUAAAAACUAUUUACGGAAAUAAAAUUUAAACUUCGUUUUGUAUA